CGUGAGUCUGACAGACUGGCUCCAUCUUUCUCCAUCCCAGGGGUUCCUAGCUCUACUCAUCUGACAUCAUCUCUCCAAUGCUGGAACACUCGCUCGGAAUUGAUUGAAUCUGAAUGCUAAACCUGACAUCCGAAUCUUCCUCGAAUCCUCACGGCUCAUCUUCUUCCAAUCCGACCCACCGGUUUAAAAUAGCACUGCGCCCCGUUUGCACCGCCAUAAUUCAGCGGGAAACCGGACUACGGCAGGGACACAAUCAAAAUUGACCGGUUACUUAGUCCCUUAGUGCCAUCACAGUCACUGAGGUGCUAAUAAUAUCCGUAAUUGACGGAGGACCGAGCAUUAAUCAAGGGAACGCCAUGGCCUGUUUCAUCUCAUUGGUAGGAUCUUGAGCCGAAAGCCACCUGUGGCUUGCGUCGUCUGGCUGUCUCGGAUCGGCUGCUGGUUUCUGAUUCUCGCUGGAUGAGAUCAUGAGAGUGAACUUGAAGUCUUGAUGGUAUUCUUGUGCACUGCACAGUACUUUGUGCAUUCAACGCUGAGUACUCGCAGGUAGACGCGCGGCAUGGACGAUCCUCGCUUGGGUUGGACCCCACCAGAUCAUCCAACUUCCUGCGAGGAUGGGAAUGGACAGGCACAAUCACAGACAUGGAGUAUGAUGCUGAUGCCCGAGGCAUUCAUCUGUUUGUCUGCUCGGUUUGGCUUGACAGUUCCAUGGCUUACCUCUCCGUACUCCGUUUUCUCAAAUAUUUUCCUCUCGGCUGGCAGGAAGUUUGGGAACCCCUCAACUGAACCACGAAACCAUGAACCCCUCCAUCGACGGAGACAGCAGUCAUACGGAGUAGUAAAUCCCGGGGUAAAUCGAGUGGUUCCUGGCAGUGAGUCCGCCGAUUUGACCCUGAACUUGGUCCGGAGAAUGGAUACUAGGGAGCAAACGCAUGCAUGCUAUUUUUCUAUUCCUGGGUUUUACAGACGCAACUGUGCCGAGCUCAAGAGCUUCCUUUUUUCCCUUCCCCUGUUGAUCGGUGGAGCAGCAAGCACAACUCGCUCGGACUUUUUCUUCCUUGGAUUUUGACUUUGUCGACAUGGCCUAUGAGAGCGACAUGCUCAUACGACAUACGUAGACAAUCUCUCCACCUGCUAUUUACAAAAGAUAAACUAUUCUCGACGAGCAAUUUCGAAAGCAAUGGGAACCUAUCAAUUGCCCCUUCUUAACUAGUUCAGGUGAUGUACCCCUGAUGGACAAAGAGCGGGCACUUUCCAUCUCCUUUUUUCCCGGUCAAUCAAUCAAGCGUGGCCUAAAAAAAGAAAUCGUGCUGGCAGACAGACAGACACUGACAGACAGACCGAACCCGGAGAACGGACCCUGACCAGGAAGACAGGAACCCUUCCGAGUGACUCCCAGUCUCCCACCCGGUCUCGAAGGAAUUUGAUCUCAAUAGUUUUGUUGAUCACAACCCACGGUGGGUUGUGUCCACUGCGCCCGGCUAGUUCUCCCAGGUCCAGAUAUGAGUACAAAGGACCGCCGAGUACACAGUACACCUUGUUACCUCGAUGGUACGAAUCUAUACCACGAGAUUUCGCCUACUGGUAUAGGAAGUUUGUUUUGGUGACUAUUUACUUACUUCCCAGCUAGGUAGGUACUAGGACAAAGCCACCUGCUGCUAUCAAGUACCAAUACGGGGUAACGGGAGACCCUGUCGUGGCUUAAGCUUUAAUUAAGCACUCAACGAGGCUAGCCACAAGCCAAGGCCCUUUGCGGUCGAUUAUUGACGCCGCUACAUUUCUAGACCGCUCUGGACGGCUCAGGUGUACAGGGUGCAUGGCUACUUGAGUGCACUGUGUACAGCGUAGCGUGCGCUAUCACCCGAGAAGUACGCCGCAUCCAUGCGCACUCCGUACUUAAGUGUACAUGCCUGCGUGGACGCAGGUACAACACAGACCCAAGACUGCCCUGCAGAUUCUGGCCCCCUCUGGAGACGCCUUCCUGCGUACACCAACAUAAGCGGGCAUUAUUGAGUGUAAGCGCCUCGCCCAUGACGCAUCUGUAUGUAUCGUAUGCGCAUACCAACACCUCACUUGGCGGGAGAUUACAGGAUGAAACGGACAGAUUCUUACCGAGGGGAACGUUGACAGGCGAGAAAUUGUGCAAUUUCGGCAGCGAAUUGACACCGGCCCUAGGUCCCAUAAAUAUAUGAAUAUUAAUUACCGCUCCAUAGUUCAUUAUGUUUUGGAUUGGAUUACCCCGUGUGUUUUGAGCAUUACCAUUAUUAUGUCCACACCGAAAAUGGUUUUUCAAGAGAAUUAUGGAACGAGAGACAGGGGGAGUGGGGCGACACCCCACCGCCAGUCUGCUCAUUGGUGAUGCCUGGGGACACCGGAGCCACAGCGGGAUGGUGGCAACCUCAGGGAGUGGGCCAUGGCGUCAGGAACGGGCUGUCUGGCUGAGUCUUAUUGGGCCGCGUCGAAAACCUGAAACAAAGCCUAACUGCCGUGGGGUGCACAACGUCCUGUGGCUUGGCGUUUGGCAACGAUAACACCCCCUGAUGAAAAUAAUGGAGACUCGGGGCUGUUUGGUCCCAAGAACCUGCCGUGUUUCUGAUGCACCGUAGGGCGGGAUAUGCAGUGUGGAUGGGAUCUCCCUUUCCACAAGUACUCUAUUCUGGAGUAAACAUUGAAGAUUGGAAAUGGCAAGUUUGGCAACAGACAUACUCUGUACUAUCGAAUUCGAAAAGUACUGUGUACACCGUAGGGCCGAGAAUCAAAUCAAACUAGUUGGAUGACGCGGAAUCCAUCGAUCCACAGCCACGAUGACCUCUCAAGUUUCUGGUCCUUGUCUCAAAGCAGCAAGCGACCGACAGAUCAUCGGCGCGAUACUUUUCCAAUCCAGUGUCGCCGUAAGCAAGACAAGAAACUAAGCGCAAAACUAGUGCCCUCGCGACCGGCCUCGUCCACCAACCACGAUGACCAGACCCCCAAUUUCCACGAGGGGCCCUCGAGAGCGGCGGCCCCAUCCGGUUGAAUGGACUGCCUAUGAGGGCAACAAUCCU